UUCUUCUGUGUUUGCCAGCUGAGCAGGGGAAGGAGGUGAUGGAGAAGGGAGUAGGAGGAGGAAGAGGAGGGUUGGAGUGAAGCGACCAGCAGCAGGUCUGACGAUGAUGGUGAUGAUGAUGGGAAUGUGAGUCAGACGGCGGAGGAUUCGGGAUGCUCACAGACGCUCCGGACUAAACGACUAAACGACCCACAUAGCCUACAGGGAGAGAACCCCAGAGGAUCCGGCGAAUACACGCACGCAUACAGGUGAUUGUUCCAGAGUGGCAGGAGGACUUCAGCUCCCAGAAUGCCUGAGCAGAGUAAUGACUACCGGGUGGUAGUGUUUGGAGCUGGUGGGGUGGGGAAGAGUUCGCUUGUUCUUCGGUUUGUUAAAGGCACCUUCAGAGACACCUACAUCCCCACAGUGGAGGACACCUACAGACAAGUGAUCAGCUGUGACAAGAGCGUCUGCACGCUUCAGAUCACCGACACAACAGGAAGUCACCAGUUCCCCGCCAUGCAGCGGCUGUCCAUCUCCAAAGGCCACGCCUUCAUCCUGGUCUUCUCCAUUACCAGCCGCCAAUCCCUGGAGGAGCUCAAACCCAUCUACCAACAGAUUCUGGCCAUCAAAGGGAGUGUGGAGUCCAUUCCCAUCAUGCUCGUGGGCAACAAGAGUGAUGAGACAGCCCAGCGCGAGGUGGAGAUGAAAGUGGGAGAGGCUCAGGCCACAUCCUGGAAGUGCGCCUUCAUGGAGACGUCAGCAAAGACGAACACCAACGUGAAGGAACUCUUCCAGGAGCUGCUGGCGCUGGAGAAGAAGCGGGACAUGAGCCUGAGCAUUGACGGGAAACGCUCGGGGAAACAGAAACGAGCUGACAAACUGAAGGGGAAGUGCAGCGUUAUGUAGGGGGGGAGAGGAAGACUUGCCAUGGAUAGAUCUACAGAGGAGGUGGUUCACCUUCAUGUUUCAGAACCGGGAAGCCCAGAUAAACAAAAUGCCUGUAACCUACUGAGACAGUGGAACCUGGAACAUUUACACCAGGCCUGAACUUGACUGUGUUUGUGGUCAGUACAUAUUCCUUUAGAACCUGAUUAGCUACCACACUAACCCUAUAACAACAGAAACACUUAUUUUAAUAGAAAUCUGGACCUUAAGAUCUCAUACCACCAAUGUUUCAAUGGUUUCUAAAUGUUGCUGGAGAUGAACAUACUUUAGGGUUAUAUAAUUUGGUGUUUUCUGUUCCUUUUUGACAUUAAUGACAGAGUCAAUGCAUCGGUUAUACAGCAUGCACCUUAAUAUUAAGGCUCAAACUGCACUCUGAGGCUGCAAGCUGUUUCGAACUAAUUACUGACCAUAACUCAUUUGUGUGCUUUUAUCUCUUUACUGGCUGCUUGUAUCGCAUGAGAAAAAGGAGGAGAUCUGGGAAUUCUGAUGCAACACAUUAACUGUUUCUGGGCCAGGCUCAGCACCAAAACCGGGACCAGAAGUUACAUGGGAGGUUAAGAGUUUAGAACACCAAAGGUCAGCUCUUGGCAGAAAUGCAAUGUAAUAUUUAUAACGUGGUUUUGUUGGUGUAGAAAAAAGUGUCAUUGUAGUUACUUCAGAGAUGUACUGACCAGAGUUUCCGUUUUUCUUUGAGGUUGAACAUGCUUAUUCCAGUUUUGGCUGAUUGUAAUGUUCUCAUGCAGGAGUCUCCAACUCCAUUCCUCAAAGACUGGCGUUCUGCAACUUGUAGACAUGUCCCUGGUUUUCUCACCUGAAUAAAAUGGCUGUAUUGCCUCCUCAGGACGCAUUCAAGCUCUUCAAAACUUUG